GUAUGUCGACCUGAUCAACUUUGCAGAAACACACGUGGCAGUUAUAAGUGCAUCGACAUUUGUCCCAUUGGAUUUACAAAGGCUGAAAAUGGAUCUUGUGUAGAUAUUGAUGAGUGCAAGGAGUCUUCACAUCGUUGUAAAAAAUCAAAUAUGCGAAAACACACAUGGAAGUUAUCUGUGUGUUUGUCCUCGUGGAUUCAAGUCUGAAGGCCCUGGAAAGCCAUGCAAAGAUGUAGAUGAAUGUGAAAAGCAAGAUGUGUGUCAACAUGAAUGCAGAAAUGUUCUUGGAAGUUAUCAGUGCUUGUGUCCUACUGGUUACCAGCUCAUGGUCAAUGAAAAAACAUGUCAAGAUAUAGAUGAGUGCCUGGUCCACAACAUACAGUGUGGGGUAAAUCAGAUGUGCUUCAACAUGAGAGGAAGCCACCAAUGCAUAGAUACCCCUUGUCCUCCUAACUAUGUGCGCGACUCUUCUGGGUAUUGUUUGAAAAAUUGCGCAGCAAAUGAUCUGGAGUGUGCUCUUAGCCCAUAUGCCUUGCAAUACAAGUUGGUUUCACUUCCAUUUGGCAUCACUGCUAACCAGGACUUAAUUCGUUUGGUUGCCUAUACACAAGAUGGCAUAUUACAUCCAAGAACAACUUUUCUGAUUACCGAUGAAGAUUCUACACUGCCAUUUUCUAUAAGAGAAGAAAACAUGAAGGGUGUAGUAUUUACCAACAGACCACUUAAAGAACCAGAAACCUAUAGAAUGAAAGUGAGAGCCUUAUCAUACAGCACAGAUCGCACCAUUGAAUAUCAGACU